GGCUUAUGGCCGCUAUAACUAUGAACAACCCGGACGGCCACCUCACGCUGAGGCACCCUGAGAUAAGCAUGCUGUCGGUUAACGGUACUUCUCCCUCGCCCACAAACUUCUGAUGCUAUUCUAGAAUCAUACUUGCAGCAGUUCCGCGGUUAUAGUAGGUGUUCUGGGCUAUUGCCUCGAUAAACCUUCGGAACCGAUGCUAACUCAACCCUAACUAUAAGCACUGGAAAGCCUCGUCCAACAACUCUGAUGACCUUUGCCCCAAAAUUACUCUACUCCUGAAAGUAGCCGAGUGCACACAUGAGCUCAACCGCGACAACAAUAACACACGACCUUAAUUCAUUUUCUUACGCGCAAGUUGCUGUCGCCGUUGCAGUCUUGUAUGAUCACGGACUAACCUUCGCUCGUGAAAUAGAUUAUAUAUGGCGGAGGCCGCCUUCAUUAGUGUCCGCCUUAUAUCUAUUGGACCGCUAUGUGGGCGAUUCCAUUGUGAUCCUUGGCGUAUACUUGUGCCUCACUGAGGAUGGAUCAAUACAACAUUGGUUUCGCGCAUUUUUCAGAUGCAAGUACAUCAACUUCGUAUUCCAAAUGAUCAGUCCGAGGUUGGGGUACUCUUCUGUGUUCAUGGCUUACUCAAAGUAA